UAACUAUUACCUGUCGAAUGAAACAAGAGUGAUUCGUGUGUCGGUGCUAUAUGGUGCGUACACUGUGCGAUGCACAGUGAUUUCCAUUUCAUUUAAAAACGAAAAAGACUACGAAACAACGAACAAUAUUUGUAUUUUGUAUUGUGUAUUGUGAAUUGAAUUCUUCUUUUGUUUAUUUACUGAAACAUUUUGUUUGCUGACCAUCACAUAUUCACAUAUCUAUAGUGAUUACUUUCUCAUUCAAAGCCUACUGCUAACAUUUGUGAAAUGUGAUGAACGCGAGAGAGAAAAAAAGCGAUAAGUUUGAAAACAACGAUUUUUGUUAAGAUUUAGUAAAUGGAAGUGCAUUUAUUGACAUUACAGUGAAAAAUUAGCCAAAGAAUUAUAUAAGCUAGCCAGUAUCAAGAAUGUUUGACGUGAAAAAUUAUAAAUUAAAAAUGUUUGCCAUUUUGUUGUGCCUAAUGGUGAUUGCGUUGUGCGGUGUCGUGACUACACAAGAGGCAUUGCCUUACCAAUAUGAGCGACCAUAUCAGAAUGCAUUUAAUCACGAUCGUCGUCGCUAUAGUGCACCAUUCAGUGGUUUUAAUGCGGCGUCGUCAUUGUCAGGAAAUAGGGAUUUAAUAAGAUUCCCCGACGAUGGUAUGUCACCUGUAAACCAAGUGAGCAGUCUCACCGAUGAAAAUAUUUUCAACGAACGUCAUAAAAAAGAUAACAAACCAAAUCACGACGAUGAAAGCCAUCAUCAACUGUCAAACGAGGUUGUGCCGAUGAACGUUACAAAUGACUUAAAUAGCUAUGAUGAUUUCUUUAAUUUACUCGAUGAAGAGUCGCGUGGGCAGAUUGAAGUGAUAUCACCUCGUUUUGGCGUAGUAGUGGAGAGAAGUAGUGGUAGCCGACCAAUUCCAGCUCAAUGUAAACCAGAAAUGGCGGUCGUUCCACUUCGAUUGUCCGAUGGAUCUGAUGUUAAGGAUCCAACUAUUGUUGUAUUUCCAUCAUGCACGCGGGUGAAACAAUGCAGCGGCUGUUGUAACAAUAAUCUGGUGUCGUGUCAAGCAAUCGAAACCAAUAUAAUUGUUUACGAGGUAUUCAAAUCGCAAUAUCAAAGCGGCGGAAAGAUGAAAUUUUUGAAUAAAGAGAUAGUUGAAGUCGAAGAGCAUACAAAAUGCAAAUGUGAUUGUCGGAAAAAGGAGUCGGACUGUAAAAAAAAUCAACGAUACAAUAAAUCACAAUGCUUGUGCUAUUGUAUAAAUAUCGAAGACAAAAAUAAGUGCUUAGCAGAAACCGAGGAAAAAAUUUGGGAUCCAGACACUUGCAAGUGUCAAUGUCGUGAAAGCAAAGACUGCUCCAGUGGAACUUAUUUCGAUGAAAAUACAUGCUCAUGCCAAGGGACGCCUGGUCAUCGACACACACAACAAGUAUCGGAUAGAAGACGACUCAUCACAAAACCAGUAAUCUUUGUCCCAGAAACACCACAAACAUACUAUGACAGUGGCACAUAAAAUCUAUUAGUGAGUUCGAAAAUUACGUAUGUUUUUCUCAUACUAUUUCCAUAUUAUUUUUUUCGAUCGUGGUAACUGGCGAGAUUAAUGACAUAAAAAGAACUAUCCGUCAAGUGGUACAGAUAUUCUGCAGUUAAUUAUUGUCGUUUUUAGUUUUUCACGUCCAAAAAAUGUAUGGAGAAGAUAUACGUAUUCUUGAAACUCACUAGUAGAAAUGCAGCAUCACACAUUCCCCUGAAGCAUCAUUCAAACUCACAACAAAACAAUUUUGAUUUAUGUAUUUUAAUUUUUAAGACAGACAAAAAUAAAGAAGAAAAAAAUUGAAUCACCAACACACAUUUUAAAUUAAA